AAUGUCGCGUCGCAGCUGCCGUUCGUCGUCUACUACAAUGGUCAUCCUCCUGAUGAAAACGUGGGUCUCGUCGUGAUGUCCGCAGAUCCGGAAGACAACUCUUUGGGCACGCCCGCGUCCUCUACUUUGUCCGUCGACGUGUCCCGUGAAACCGCAACUCAGCA